CGUGUGUCUCAUCUAGAGGGAUCAGGCGGGCGUCCCGCUUGGCCCCACCCAGUCCCAGGCCGCGGCCCUCCUCCUCCUCCUGCAGGCGCUGCGGAGACAGGGGCGGGGCAGCCACUGAGCGGGAGAUUUGAGCGGCUCCGGAAUGGUGGAAGGUCCUGGCUGCGCCCUACACGGGGAGAGGAUCCGGGCCCGGGUGCGCCAGGGCCAAGCAGUGCGGGGCGUGCGGGGCAGCGCGCUGCUGCCAGCCCGGCCUGCGGCCCUGGGCCCCGCCGCCUGCACCGGGGUGAGCAGCGGCUGCGGCGGGAGCAGCUCGGGCGGCGCGCGCCAGACGAAUGCUGUGACUGGGAAUAAAACCUCCUGCCAGGAUUUCCUGAGAUUGCUGAAAGGAUGUGUGUACACUGGUGUAGAAACUCUGGGGAAGGAGCUUUUUAUGUAUUUUGGACAGAAAGCAUUGAGGGUUCACUUUGGCAUGAAUGGUUCCAUGUGUAUUAAUCCAACUGCAAGCAAAGACCGAAAUGGAGCACCACCAAUUCUGGAAAUACAGCUUACUGAUGAUAUGGUUUGUUUCUUUGACGCAACAGUAGAGCUUAGGAAUGCUGCUGAAAGUGAACAGAAAGUAAGAAUGAUGGAAGACUUAGAUGUAUGCUCUCCAAAAUUUAGUUUCUUAAGAGCAGAAAGUGAGAUUAAGCAGCAGAAAGGUCGCAUGUUAUGUGAUGUGUUGUUGGAUCAGGCAGUGUUACCUGGAGUGGGAAAUAUCAUAAAAAAUGAAGCACUCUUUGACAGUGGUCUCCAUCCAGCUGUUAAAGCUUGUCAAUUGACAGAUGAACAGACACAUCACUUGGUGAAAAUGACCCUUGAUUUUACUCUUCUCUUUUAUAAGUGCCGCAAAACAGGAUCAGCCCUCUACAAACAUUACAAGGUCUACAAACGCCCUAACUGUGGUCAGUGCAGCGGAAAGAUCACGGUUUGUCGUUUAGGAGAGAAUAACAGGGUGACAUACUUCUGUCCUCAGUGUCAAAAGGAUAAACCUCAGCUUGUUGAUGUUAGCAAACUGCCAACUAGAAAUAGCUUAAUUUGCUGGGCUUAUGGCAGGGGGUCAUGUUCUAAUGAACAUGUAGCUCAGAAACCUGAAGAAGAGUGGACAUGUACUCUCUGCACUCUAAUAAACAAACCUUCUGCUAAGAUCUGUGAUGUUUGUUUGACUUCAAGGCCUGAAGUUUCAAAGGUAGAGAAUGAUAAAGAUUCUACAGCCUCUAAUAGCAGCUUAAUCAAGUACCCUUGUAACUGCUUUGGAAAGCCAAACACAGAAAUAAAGGUCAAUAGGAAAACCACAUUUGGAAUGACAACUCUAGUUUUGACAGAUCUCAGCAGUAAAUUCACUCCGUUAAAAAAUGACAGAAGUGAUAGUCAAACGCCAGAUGGGAAUUCUUACUGUGACUCUCCAAGAAACUACAACUAUUGCCAGAAUAACACCUGCCAGAGGAGUGGAAAAAAGUAUGAAUUUCAUUCAGCAAAUUCACUCACUGCAGUAAAUACAGCAUCACCCUCCCACCAUCAGUCUGAUUCUUCUAAUCCAGUACAGAAGAAACAGAAGAUUGAUCAUUCAGGCUCAGAUUUCAAAAGUAACGUGAGUUUGUCAAAUAGAAGGCUCCGAGGCAGAAGGGAGGAAAGCCCGGGGGGAAACAUUGGCCUGGAGAGCACUGGAGAUGGGGCAAUGUGUUCAGUGGAAAUGAGGCAAGUCAGAGAGUUGAGUGAGAGUUGGGGGAUUGGGGAGGGAGAGAACAAAGCCAAAAUGGAAAAAAUCACAGAAAAGGAAUAAAAUAAGAACAGAUUAAAAAAAAGCAAAAGGAGACAGCAAAAGGAGAUUAGGGUAUGAUGAUGAAAGUGUGCCCAUCUGUUACCGUUAAAGGCUGGAAACCACUGAUUUGGCGGAUUCUGAUACAUUGAUGUCAAAGCCUAACACAAACAUGUUUCACUGUCUGCAACCCUGUCUCCAAAGAGCCAGGAAUUAGUGGCGAGCAUUGCAGGAACAAUGUGAUUGGAUGCUUUGCUGGAUGAACCAGUGCUUUCCACAUCCAAGAGCCCAGUAUGUGAUCACACUGUAAUGAGAGAACUUUGAACAGUAUUUAUUUAAGUAUUGCUUCCAUUCCACUGACAUUUCCAGAAAUGAUAGUGAUAGUAAUUAAAAGAGAUGGGAUGAAAUAUCUUCACAUUUUUGGGGAUUGAACUAUGGGAUAUUAUGAGUGAGUCUCUCUCUCUCUCGUUAGAGCCAUUCCAGAACAAUUAAAUAAUUAAACAUUAACUGGGCCAGAAAGAAAAGCAAUCACUAUAUAGUCCAGUAAAACGAGGAGAUUCUUCCCAGUAAAAUUGGGAAGAAAUCUCCCUAUCCCACAAGGGUGUUUCUGGCACUUGGAUAUUAUAUAAAAGGACCCACACAGGUAAAAAUGAAUGUAGCUUACAAACACUGUGACUUUUUUUUUUUUUUUUUUAAAAAUUCUCUUUCUAAUUUUCAGGUUAGGUACGCUACAUAGCGCUGCUAGACUUUCAGUUUAAGGAACAUCUCUUCAAUGCAGCCCCAUUCUGAUUAGCAUGAGCAUUCUACUGGGCACAAUCAGAACACAUUCAUCCAAUACAAUACAUACUUCCAGUGGCACUUCCACUCAAGUGAAUUGUAUAAAUUUCAAUUUCCUUUGGUUUGGUUUGUUUCAUUUUUCUUUGACUAGUCACAGUAAUGUAUCCUGAACAGCAACUGAAAAUGGGCUACUCUAGAAACACUGGAACCAGUCACAAAACUAGCCACCAGUGCUCUUUUUCCCUGGUAAUCUCUGGUCUCUGUGCUUAAUUGGUCUCUGUAAUUAUAUUAUUCAGUGCAAACAUCUACUGGACCUUGGACCCUGACUUCUGCCUAAAAUGAAAAUAUCCUUAAUUGCCUUGGAGUGCAGGAAUUCAUUCAUUCUUGAUUAUUAAAAAAGUAUAACGGUACCAGUAUUACUUAGAUUAAAAAAAAACUAAAAUGAUCAUUUAGGCAAUUUUUUAUUUUAAAACGAGAAUUAAUUUUAUUGCGAAGAUUAUCAGGCCACUGCAGUUAUUUCAUUAUAUUUUGCACAUUUAAAAGCCAGAUUCUCAGUUCUAACUGGUUAGAGAAAUCCAUCCAGUGAUGAGCAUGGAGGUGCCUCUUGAGCUCCUUUGUUAAAAUUCACUACCAAAUUUAAGAGAAGGUUGGAGUGAUAGUUCUGCUUCCCAUGGAGUUAUUCCAUCUUUGGAUCCCUGCCGGAGGUGAAAAAACAAAAAACACAACUUCUGAAAACCUCUUUUUUAAUUUUAUUUUUCGGCUGCUAUUGCUGCUGCCACUACCUUGGGAAUGGACAAAAUUAUACUAUAUUGCAUUCACUUGCCAAAAAAAUAAAAAAUAAAAAUGGUUCUACAAGGUCAUAAACCCUGCUUCAAAUUGCACAAGUUAAACAUUGGCCUGUUCUGUCACACACAUUCAGUUUAAUUUUUCCUGGACAGCAUAAAACAAAUAUCUUUCAGUACAGCUUCAAGGGAUGCAGUCAAUUUGAAAAUCACACUUGUUUGAAAAUUUGUGACCUACUCUAGUUAAGAGAAAUAUCUAAGAUUACUAAAAUGGAAAUGAGUGAAUGGGGAAAGUAUUUCUCUUCCAAUUUGUUUACUUUGUGCAUUUGACAGCACUUAUGUCCAGACUUCAGAGGUGCUGAGCAACCCAGAUUCCCAUUGAAAAAAAAUCAAGCUUUUAGCAUCUGGUCAGUUUCAUUGCAGCUUGAUGAUUAUCUGAACUCAGCUGUGGUAAAUCAGCAUAGAUGAGUCAAUGGAGCUAUGCUGAUUUACCCCAGCUGAGGAUCAGUCCCAUGAUCUUCUGCACUAGCAAUUUACUUCAUUCACUUCACCUUGCUGAAAGAUCUAUAACACAUUAUCAGGAGGCAGAAAAUUCAUUACGAAAAGUCAAGUUGAUAGAGUGCCUUUUAACUUGU